AUGCCCUUUUGCGUGCGUGAGGGUGCAAACGUUGCGUCGCGUGGCAGGGCCGAGGACGCGGGCGAAGGCCCGGUCGUGCCUCCCAGCGACGCGGACGCCGCCGCCGCCGCCGCCUCCCCCAGCCCUGCACCAGCGGGGGCAGACGCGGGCCCCGACGCCGCCCACGCGACGCCGUCGCCCGCCGCCGCCGCCACCACCACCACCCCCGGCGCUUCUCCCAGCCCCGACGCCAGCGCCGCCGCCGAUGCCGCCGCCGCCGCGAAGAAGCUAGGAGGCAGCCUGGCGACCCCCUCCCCUGGCCUGCAACGGCGUCUCGAUUCCCUGCGCUGCACGACAGAAGAGUGUCCUCUGGUGCAGCCUUCUGAGGUGGUGGUCAGCCUGAGGCCGGUCCUCACGGCCGAGCCUGUGCUCACGCCCAUAGAAAAGCUGCGGCGGAAAGACACGCUGAUUCGUGAAGCCCUGGCAGAGAAGCAGCAGCUGGUGGCAGAUUUGCUGAGUGUCCCUCGAGAUGACUUUGAGACUAUCGCUGACCUGGCAGGAGAACCAGGAGCCCACAAGGAAAGCUCAGAGCUGGUCUUAGCAGCUGUCAAUCAAGUGAACCAAUUGACCUCUGUGGUGAACGAGGCCUUGAAAGUGACUGAAGAAGAAGCAGUGUCUGCAGCGUCGGAGGCUGUUCCAAAGAGACUGGAAAGGCUUCCUAGUGUUCCAGCACACCAGUUGCAGAGCAUUGCUUCAGCCCUCAAUUCACAUCUCACUCAACUCCUGAAAACUGUGAAGACACAAGAUGAGGAGCGUGAUAGCCUACGUCGUGAGCUUCAACGAUUGCGGGAACAGGUGCACGCGAUGCACGAGAGCCGACGACGUUCUCAGCUGGAAGCUUCUUCAUCGGCCUCUGCAACAGCCGCUGCAGCAUCUGCCACAACUCCUCUACCUAAUCAUGAGGAUGAUACAGGAGUUUGUUGACGCUCUAUCAGGUGAGGGUGACUGCCCGCCGGAAGAGGACCCGCCAUGCUCUGACCCUCCAGCGGAGACUCCACCAUCUGCGGAAGGGACAGAAGACAAGAUAGUGGACGAAUGAGAACUCCUGCCUCUGACUAGGACUUGACCUUCUCCAAACGGUGUCUUGUGCAAACAAGGCACCUGCUGUGUUGAAUAUAUGAUUACCACAGCUGUGUCUUCAUUACCGUACUAGGACCUCGUUGAGGUUAGGUCAGAUGGAGAUGAUUUUGAGAAGAGCAGAUUAGCUUCUCGUUUUUUAAUGAAUGAGGUAUUUGAAUGCAAGUUGCAAAGUUUUGUGAACCAAAGUAGAUGCUUUUGUAAGGUUUAACUUGUGCAUCCUUUCAGAGGAUGUUUGCUAUGUGUAAGUUUAAUUUUCAUUACCACGCAUAACAACUCUUUGUUAUGUUGCCAGUACUUGGCUUCAUUCUUUUUCCAUUCUUCUAACAAAUGACAUAGCAUUCAAAACUAAUGGCACAAUGAAAGAGGGUAUUUAGCUUCAUUCUAUUUUUGGAAAGAGACUUUAUUUGUCCCCUCCCUCCGUGGUAUUCCCUAUUAUCAUCGCCUUUACUUAGUGCCUGGCAAGAAAUAAGACUUAUAUAUACAUCCUAUAUACAAAUAUACAUAUACAAAGCACAAAGCAUGCAUCAUUCAAGGUGUUGAAACUGAUGCUGAUCAAAGGACUUUCCACGCUGAGCAUACAAGAUGAUUUUGCAUCUGUGAAGGGCAGUGGAGAAGUUAGGUUGGUGUGCGGCUGCGAGUGAAUGAAAGAGAGAAAAUAGAAGAUGAAAGAGAAUAGAACAGGAUGAUUGUCUGCUAGUGUCUGAUUGACAACCAUCACUUUUUACUUUUACUUUUUGUAUAGUGUCAAUUAAUAUCGCUAAAGCCUGUUAUUUGUACAGUAGAUGUAAAGAAAUGUAGGAAAGAAGGUGGUGUUGACAUGGGCCAAUCAAGUCGUAGAUUGCAAGAUUGCGUCAUGUUUUAUUCACAGAACAUAUGCAAAAAAAAGUGCAUAAACAACAGAGAAAACUGAAAGCUCUUGAUGAAAUACGCCAUACCAUAGUUACCAGAAUCGCCUGAGGUAUUUGUAGCUAGAAUAUUUUCCACUACUGGUUCAUAUAGCUGAUCAAACAGAAAAACUGAAUGUAAGGCUUUUUCUGUAUUGCAACACCGUAUCCCCCUGAGCUUAGACACAAGGACUUGCAACAGAUUAUUAUCCGUCUUUGCAAUCGGCCUAUACAAGUUGUGAUUGUGUUUUUUGUGGUAAAAGAGCUAUUUUAUGAACAUAACUAGCUGUAGGAUAUGUUCUGUGUCUUGUACAUGUUCAUAACCCACUUUGGCUUCCCAUUCCAAAAUAAGAAUAAUAAUUAUUAUAAUGACAUUGAUAGUUGGGCAUAAACAUUUAUUAUUUAUUAUUACUAUUAUUAUUCACCGAAGAGAGAAGAAGUUGGUUUGGAAAUGUUCGAUUGGAAGAUGUCUUGCAGUUAAUUGGAUGCAAAAUUAUUUGCAAGCCUAGUUUCUUACCUGGUGCAAUAUGUCCGACCUGGCUGGCAUUUGAUCUUGGAUAUUAUCAGAAUGAGAGAACUCUCUGGCAUGUUAUUGUAUUGUGUGUCAUGCUGCAUGUUGUGUUACAUGUCAUCUUGUGUGUAAUAACAUGUUUCAUGGCAGAGGUGUGAGUAGGCUGUUCCUUCUUGUUCAUUUACAUUGUGUACAGCCAGGGGCCUGGCUGGAGCCUAGCCAACAAGUUAGUCGCAGAUUCUUUGUUGUUUGCUAAGUGUCAUAUAUGUGAAUUACACAAUGGGUGGAACCAUAUAAUAAAUAAUCAGUGUUGUAUGGUAUUUCCUUUUGUUUAUUGUAUACAACAUGCUAAUCCCAGUACAUAAAAUCUUGAAAUGUUCAAAAUGAAUUUUUGCUGCUUGUCUGUUUAUUUUAUUUUUUCCUCCAUUUUUUUAAAUUUUUUAAAAUUUGUUUCAUUUGUGUAAUUUUUCCAACAAAAAUGUAAUUUCUGUUGUUGAUGUUAAGGGAUAUUGGGACUAUUUAAAAACUUCCUUUUAUUUCAAAGUAAGUAUUUUCUUAUUUGCUAAAAAUUGCUAGUUGCAAAGUGUUUUUUAAAAACAUAUUUUAUUUGAUACAAAUAAGAGUAUAGAAACAUGUAAUUUUGUGCAAUGACACGUAGACAAUGUACAAUUUUGAGCAUUUCAUUUGCAAACUGUCUGUUUUUCUCUCUCUCUCAAAAGAAGAGUUAAUUGUUGUUGCAAUUUUAAGAAUUAAUUGUUGUGUUGUAUAUUAUAACGGCUCCAGUGCAGUCAAAGGGCUUAACUGUUCAUGUAGAUGGCAAAUAAAGAUCGCACAGUAAAGUGGUAUAUAUCUCUUUCUAUGUGAUGUUUCAGAAUAACCAAAUUAGUAUAUUGAGAGCUUCAAUACUCGUGUAAAAAAGUGAGAUUAUAUAUACUGUUAUUGUGUGAUUGAGAUGCCUAAUUUCAAAGUACUGAGCUGGUUAAAAACAGUUGUUUAUUUUAUAGAGAAGUGAUGUCAUCAGCUAAAUCCAAGACUUAUAGUUUUGAAUUUAAUAUUUGUAAACCAGUUGCAUUUGUGCCUGGUUGAUGGUCAUUCCUAUGUUAUUUUUUUGAUACAAAAGUCAGCAUUUUCUUUUGUAGUGCUGUUUUUGUGCAUUGUAAUAUGACUCAAAAAGUAAGUUUUAGCCCAAGCAGAAGACAUCUGAUAAAAAGUCCAGCAAAAAUAUUGUUCCAGAAGUAAAUUGUUGUAUUUAAAAAUUGUUGUUUGUAGUUGCUUGUGACAGUACAUUGUAUAUACCCUUUGGUUCAGAUGAAGAAAAUCCAUAUAAAAGAAACCAAACAUUAACAUACAUUUAUAAUGAAGGAAAGGUAUGAAAAACAAAUCAAAACAUAACUGUACUGUACAUUCUAGCAAAAUCUGUAUAUAGAAAGAAUGAAAUAAAUAUAUUGAUAUCUCAAUUCAUGGUGGUUGCCAUUUCCUUUUCACAAGUAUUUUUGUCAGUUUCCUUGUAAGUAGGGCUGUAAGAAUAGAAUAUUGAGAAGCUCCAUGUCAGCCUUAUCAAGAGUCUUGAGAGAUGAUCAGGGCCAUCAAACCAGCAGCAUGCGAAUGCCUGUGGGAUUGCUUCCACACACACACACACACUGCAUAUUUAGCAAGACAAUGACAAUUUAAAAUGUCAUAAGUUUAUAUAAAAAUUAAUUUUAAUUAUUAGUAAAUAGCAAGUCAAUAUGUAUAUUUGAAGUAUAUAGUAAGUCAAGU